AUUAGAAGAGACGUUACUUCUGACAUUUAUAUAUAAAAGAUUAUUAUGAAUGGUUCAUGAAAUGGAAAGACUCAGAUCUGGAUUAUACUAAGAACGGCGCCUUUAUUGACAAGGCUGGAUUUAACAUCAACAUGAGAAACAUUUGGGCUAGGUCGGCUGUAGGAACAUCUACCCAAGUAGAGAUUGAAAAGACUUGUUCUCCCUCCCAUCCCCAUUAUCGAUGCUAUACACUGUAGUAUUGUUGUCCAUGUUUUUAUGAAAAAACCACCACCUAAAAAGCAAAGAGGCCCGAAAACUCAAACAUCAAAGACGGCUAAAUCUAAAAAAAAAAGAAAAAAAGGAAAGCUGGGUAAAGGACUUACCAUAGAGUACGUUGGUGUUGAGGAGAGGACCGCUGUCGAAAACAACAAGUCUGGAGCAAAGGGUACAACUACUGCCCAUUUUGUGAAAUUUAGAAUGAGCGUCUUGAUAUCAUGGACAUGAAUGAGAGUUAUACGGGUAGUUAUCUUGUAAUGAAUAAUAACCGUACUAUUCAUAAGUCUCAUUCAAUAAUAAGAAAAAUUGAGAGUAGAGAUUGUAGAGUAAUGUACUUAUUUCCUUACUCAUCAGAGCUAAACCCAAUCGAGCAGCUUUACGCUCUUGUCAAAGGAAAAAUGAAGCGCCACAAACUAUUGAAUGAAAAAAAAAUUGUUUGAUAGAAUUGCUGAAACUCUAUACAACUUUGCCAGUCAUUCUAAACGUUUUGAAGUCAAAAAAAAAAAAAAAAAAAAUACAUAUCAUUUUUAGGUCAAUUUGAUUUAACUUUUUGUGACAUUUCUCUUAUUUCAAAAAGGACAAAGUUUCUAGACAUAAAGGAACAAUCACUUUUGGCUUAGUGCCAUUGAUUUUUUGUUUACAGACAUUCAAUUUUCUCAAAGUGACAAAAUUUACCGUUCUUACUGUA